AUGCAUGGUAAGAUGGGGAGGGUGAAGAGGUCGUGCGAGAUAUUUGACGCAAUGGGUGCUGUGAAGACGGUGGUUUCAUGGACAGCCAUGAUACAAGCACUGGCCAUGAAUGGGCAUGGUGUGGCUGCCCUUGUCCGGUACACGCAGAUGCUCAGAGAAGGGUUCAUGCCUGAUGAGGUUAUCUUCUUGAGCGUGAUCAAUGGCUGUAGCCACUCAAGGCUAGUGAGCGAAGGGCACCAACUGUUCAAGUCCAUGAUCGAAGAGUACCACAUCACGCCGUGGAUGGAGCACUAUGGUAGCAUGGUGGACCUGCUGUGCAGAGCUGGGUCGUUGGACGAGGCAUUUGAGUUCGUCCUGGCCAUGCCUGUUACGCCUGAUCCUGUAAUAUGGCGUGUCUUGGCCAGCGCUUGUCGGGACCAUGGGAAUGCCAGCUUAGCAAGGAGGGUGAUGGAUCAUGUGAUCCGCAUGGAGCCUGACCAUGAAGGGAAUUACGUUCUGGCGUCAAACUUGUAUGCUGCAGAUGAGGAUUGGAGACGUGUCGUAGAUGUUAGGCUGGACAUGGGAGUGAGGAAAGGGACUUCAAGGGCUGCUGCUGCCGUGUCUUCCGUUGAAGUCAGUGGUGAAUAA